AUGGAGCUUGAGAGUAAAGGAAGCACUCUGGAGAAGGAAAACGAGGGAAAAUCUUCGAGAGGCUCUGAAUGGGUUUCUUUUGAAUCUGAUAUGAAUGACGAAGGUCCAUUGGGUAGACGUCACUCACUUGUUUUGGAUGAUGGACCCGACCCGGAGAUCGAGGCGAUCGAGGAGGACAAAGACGCCCCACCACAAGCGGUCACUCCUUUACCAACUAUGAUAAUAGCAGACCCAGCCCGUUUAAAUCCGGUCUUCUCGCAGCAGGACGAGUACAAACCAAAGAAAAUCAUCACCACAAUGCCAUCGCUUGAGCAAGAGCCGGGGAGAUACUUAUUGAAGAACGGAAAACUCGUGGCUACGAUCUACCCGGAGAACUCACACUGUGCAUGGGUUGUCCCACCGCGGUAUAACCCUUACAACAUGCCGGCAAUCUUGGCGGCUGGAGGAGUUGAGCUACCCGCAGACGAUUUCAUCACCGCAAUGGAGUUGAUUACAAAUGAUUAUCGAUUCAGACUCUAUUCCACGUUAUACGGUCGAGUGAUCGCUAUCUGGAUGGUCUUUUCCUUGGCCAUUCUACUAGCUGUUCUCUUUACAAGUCCAAAGGGUGGAGGGUUGCCAGUUUUUAUUUUCUGCCUCGUUUGGUGUUUCACGCUAUUUGCUGGGAUCAUUGGAUGUGCGAUUAUCAGAAAACAGAUUCGAAUCGGUCUCCGACAUUGUGUCCAGAGUGCUAACAAGAUUUUGAUGAGAUAUGGUUAUCUGGCUGGGAUUGAGGACCGCGGGCAGAUCUCUUGUCACAAAGUUGUGAUUCAACUCCUUUACCACGACACAACAGACUGUGUGAAAGAUGUGGAGAGAUUGAUUCGAAUUGAGGCGAGCGGAGGAGCGGUUGUAGGUGGAGAAGGAGGUGGAGGACCUGCACUGCAUCCAACUUCUCCCGUCAACAAAACCGUCACCCCCAGAGAGAUCGAGGAGAAAGCCCGAAAUCUCAUCCUGAAGUACUCACAGGGAUUCAUUAAGGACACUUCGAUGGGCCGAAUCAAUUUCCCAUCUCGACCCCAGCACGGUGUCAGUGAUUUCUCUCCAAAACACUGCAAGAAGCAAUACUGUUUAUGUCAAUACGUAGAAAAGAAGCAUUUCAAUCGGAAACCCCAAAAAUGGUAUGAGAAAAUGGUU